AUGGCCCCAGCAUUUUCUAAGUUGGUCGAUACUACCCUUGGCCUUGACAUAGGCAGCACUAGCACGCGUGCAUGUCUCUGGAUUCCUUCAAAAAAGCAAGCUAUUCACGUCGAGAAUACGGUUGAAAAGAUGUCUGGAGCCCUUUUUCGGCCUGGCGACUACACUUCCGCAGGGUAUCCAUUCGAACCUCAAGGUCCGGUAUACUUAGAUGGCGACUCAGACCCAAAUCGCCGAGAAACUUCUCUCAAGUUUGGAUUCUAUCCGCUUGCCAACGUUAAGGACAAGGAUCUCCUUGAACAGUACCAUCUGGUCCAGCCAUUGAUGGAAAAAAAGGAUGACCCUAGGUUUCGUGCAAGGCUCCGCCAAGGAUUGGUUGAGCUAUUGACCGCCGUGGAUCGCGACGUACAGUCUAAUUGUCGGAUCAAAGGUCUCAAAAUUACACGUAUAGGCUUGUCCAUACCAGCACAGUGGACGCUUGAAUUUGAGGAUGUCUACCGGGAGAUCGCGAUGCAAGUAUUUGGUUACAUUGGAGGGAAUAUUGAAGCGAACAUCUUCUUCCACACAGAAACCGAGGCUCUGGCACAUUUCCUCCUUCACGAGACCCCUGAGCAUUUCCAGGUUCGGGAGUCUGAAGACUAUAGAGUUUUCUUAUUUCUUGACUUUGGUGGGCAUAACAUGAACGGGUGUAUCUUCAACUUGGUUCAGCGCGAUCAAAACGAAAGCCCAAGUUUCUACAGGAUAGGAGAUGCUUUUGGUGUUGGAGGUGGCAGUGAACACUGGACGUUCAACAUUGGCAAGAGAGUCCUACAUGAGAUGAGAAAUUCAACAGGUAUGAGCCUGUCACUAGAGGAGCAGCGCGAUAUGCUUGAAAGUUUCAACAUAAAAAAAGGAAGCCUGGGACCCAGUCGAGCCCGGGCAAAUCAGCCUUUCAAAUUUGGACCUUGUCCUGUCAGUAUGUCAUUGGAAGACAUCACAGAAUGCUUCGAGAAAGGCCACAAGAAUGUUUUUGAAAAGGCCAAGGGCGAAAUCGAACUCGUCUCAGAAUAUAAAGCGGUGCCGCAGGUUAUUAUAUCUGGCGGCACAGCAAAGCAUACAGAUGUUCAGAUUCGGCUGCGAGGAUUCUGCAACGCGGCAGGAAUCCCAGAGCCAUGGUUUGUUAGCGGUUCUUCAAUGACUUAUAGCUCUGGCAAGAUUGCCCAUGGCGUCGCCAUGGCUGCAAGUAAUUGCUUGACAAUACCCGAGUUCAUGGCGCGCGGGGCAGCCUUCGGGCUACAGACGCGAGAAUGUGCGAACCGUGGCAACACCAACCCUAACAAUUUAUGGAAUGACGUUGGCUAUUUCCUUCUGAGCCAGAACAGACAAGUCACCUUGCCUUUUCAAACCGGAGGAAAUGACGAAUACAAAAUCAUUUGCGAUCCGUUUUUUGAAAGCCAUCCAAGCAAAGAUCUUCAUUUUGAUAGAUGCUACGAUAUUAUAGAUCUUGGCAAAUCGAAGGCAGGGUCCAGAUCUAUAACGCUAUCUCUAACAUCCAACAAUGGAUUGACAUCUUUGGUCAUCAAAACUACCAGGGAAUGGAACGGGGGCCAUAAAAGAAGACUAAAAGGGCAUCACAGGCAACAAGAUCACAAUCAGAUUGAGGAGAAAGAGUCACCUCCUUUACCGAUGUACUUUGACGGAGGCACAAACUGUGCACAUGUCGACCUAAACGAAUACGAUAUCACGGGACUUGAUUUUGGGAUAAAGAGAGAUAACAAGUGUCUUGAAGAGGGUGUUGACAGCACGAAUGUUCAAGAAAACGCCGAUACGCCGAGCCACACACAUAUGGAAGGAGGAACUGAAUCGACGAACAAAUCGACCGAACCCCUCCCGUCAGCUAUAUCUACUGGCGGCAUACCUGUCAGCGCAAGCUCACUAUCCCAGAAGUCCCUGGUCGCGAUUACACCCCAAAGAAUACAACAACCUCAAAGACGUGAACCUCUGGCAGUAGCCCCACGUCAGAGUCUUUCGGCACAAAGGCUGACACCAUCUGUUCCAUCAGGGGGCUUUACGGCAGUAAAUAAUACAACAACGACAGCAAAUUCAACGCAGAGGAAUGUCCGACUUGCUCCAACGCCAAAAUAUCCAGCGCAAGGGUCAAAUCUCCGGCCUACAAUACCCAAGAACGAUCGACUACCUUAUGUGCCAGGGAAUUCAGUGGUAGCCUCGCCUUCCAGUGCUUCAGCAUCCAACAAGCAUCCGGCACCCCAGAAGCCGAAAGAGCCGGCUUUUAAUUCGUUUAUUUCACCCCUAAGUCGGCUGUCAUAUCCCAGCAUUCCUUCGCGCGAUGAUGUAGGCAACACGGCCACCGAACGUUCUGGUCGAUCGAAACCCAUUUGGGAGAGAGGUAAAGCACCAGAAAUCAAUCCUCGCACUGGUAAAGUGCAACUUCCUUGCAAAAAUUACAAGGAUUAUCUGAAGAGUAUGAAUGAUGCAGGAGAUCAAACACCUCAAAUGGAAAGGAAAAGAAAGCGACAACGUGAGUUAUUGAGCGACUCAUCUGGGGAAGAUUAA